AUGAAGGUCACCGCCGUUGCCGUUCCCGUCCUGGCUGGCAUUGCCAGCGCCAACCCCGUCGACGUCGAGGCCCGCCAGUCGUGCCCCGAGGUCCACGUAUUCGGCGCCCGGGAAACUACAGCACCCCCUGGCUAUGGCACAUCCCAAGGCCUCGUCAACAUGGUCGUGCAGGCGUACCCCGGAGCAACAAGCGAGGCCAUAAACUACCCCGCAUGCGGCGGUCAGGCGUCUUGCGGUGGAAUCGAUGCAAGUGACCCCGAAAAUGCCGCUGACUGUAAAUCAGGUGCAUCCUACAAUACCUCUGCGAACCAGGGCACUCAGGCGGUUGUCUCCGCUGUGACGAGCUUUAACCAGCGCUGCCCUGACACAAAGAUCGUCUUGAUCGGCUAUUCGCAGGGUGGCCAGAUCAUGGACAACGCCUACUGCGGCGGCGCCGGUGCCACCCUCAGCGGCAGCGCCCUCAACGCCGUUAAAGCCACGGUCUGGUUCGGAAAUCCGCAUUAUCUGAGCCAAUUAAGUUAUCGAGUUGGGACAUGCCAGGCCGGAGGGUUCGCGGCCCGCCCUCCCGGAUUCCAAUGUUCGCCUGGUAACCCAGAUAACAUCAAGUCGUACUGCGAUGCCGAGGAUCCGUACUGCUGCAAUGGAAACGAUGCAAACCACCACCAACAGUACGUCACCAUCUACGGCCAGCAGGCGCUCGCCUUCAUCAAGUCGAAGCUCGACGCUGCUUAA